AUGGUUGUCCACAUUAUUCCUAAACUGUUGAGUGCAAAAACUCAUGAGCUGAUUCUCAAGAACAAGGUUGAGGAGCUCAAUAGGGAGAUGGGACUUACCCUUAUACAAAAAGAAUUUGGAAGGCAUGUUAGAAUGUUGACCCAUGAGAUUAGGAGCACUCUUGACCAGUAUACCAUUUUGAAGAUUGCACUUGUUGAAUUGGGAAGGACUCUGAGCUUCGAAGGAUUUGUACUGUGGAUGCCAUUAAAAAGUGUCCUAUGCGGUCGCAGAGGAUGGGGCGAUGAAGGCGGUAAUUUCGUUCACGAUGGCGCUGAGGAUGAUGGGGACGAAGAUGAAGACAACGAUGGCGAGGAAUCCAAUGGAGAAGUUAUGGUAGACCGAAAGGGAAAAGGGAUUAUGACAGCUGACAAGGGCAAAGGGAAAUUGAUAGAAGAAGAUGACGAGAACGAUGACGACAGUGGCGGCGACGACGAUUCCAGUGACGGUGGAGUUGUUUCGGAUGGUGACAGUGAUCUGUCGGAUGACCCACUUGCAGAGGUGGAUUUGAAUAACAUUCUUCCGUCAAGGACUCGAAGGCGGACAAUUCAUCCCGGAGAAUUCAUUGCUAAUGAUGUGGGAAAUGAUGAUGAGGAUGAUGAUAGUGACGAUAGCGAUAUAUAAGCCUGGAAGGUUAGUAGGAACUCAAAAGAAUUAGUUAUUGGGAUAGCUAUGUUGUAGAUCGUGAGAACUUUUUUUCGGAAACAAUGCGGUGAUGUGAUUUUGAUUUUGAUAUUUCUACUCUGAUUAAGGAACUCCUACACUCUCUUUCCCGCAUCAUGACAGUUCGCUCCAUUCUAUCGUUUUAUGUGUGCUUGAAAUUCACUGAUAGUUUCUUACUGGAUAACUUUACUGAUAGAAUGAUUUGGGGUUACUGGCUAUUCGCUUUAAAGUUUCCCAAUUGUAAAAAAUUAUUAUUGGACAUCGUGGCAAUUAAGUUCUUCAUGAAGCUUUUCAGUA